CGGUGCUGAACAAAGUGAAGUUCAAGAAGGUGAGGAUCGUCGUUUAAUGUCGUCCAGCAUCACUUUGGUCGCACCGGUGGCCUAGCUGGGCAACAUCCAUGUAGGAAUAACGCAGCGUCCGGUUCCAUCCGCAUGUCAUCGAGUGGUGUUGCUGCAUUUCGACCCGCGCGCCGCAAGCAUCCCGAGGUCAAUUUCCAGGUCUUCUAUUCAUCGUCUCUGCAGCGGUCAUCCGUGUCACAUAUUGUAUCUUCAACUCUCGCAGUCGCAACGACAUGGGCCGUGAUAAAUCUGCUCUCCGGAGACCCGGCUUUGCCGUCGACCCACGUUAUCGCGCGGCCACCGAAAGUGCCCUGGUCGCCAUCCAACAGUCCGAGAACUGGGGCCUGCAACACCUCACCACGGGACGCUUCGUCGUCCUCAUCGGCAACCUGUUGUACGGGGCCGGAGCCUUUAUAGCAGAUUACAACGUGACACAUGUGAAGAAUCCACGAUGGCCGCCGCAUGCACGCUUUCAUAAUGGACAAACCAUGACCCUCGGCGUCUGCCUUGCAGCGGCAAGCGUCUAUUUCGCCUUCAAGCCGACGAUUCGCGUUGCGCAGAUUCAAGAUAACAUGUUCAGCGCGGCUCUCAUCGGCAGCUUGUAUUGUUUCGCCGGCUUGACUGCCAUUCUAUAUCCGGGCACGCACUGGCAUGACCCGGAAUAUGCAAACGGAGAAGCACAGAAAUACCUCUUCUCUGGCAUCUGCCUCGCGAUGUGCGUAUACUAUUCGAACAUGCUACACGUCUCUACAUUUCAUAGCUGACUGGAAAUGCCAUCUCCCGGCAGGUGGCUCGGUUAUGCUCUCGAGCUGAGGAAUCUACGGG